AUGGAACACACACUAAACUUUUUUCCUUUACCAUGCAUAUUCCCUUUCAAUUUCCAUCGCCUUGUAUGUAUUUUUCUUUUCAAAAUUUCAUCAUUAACAAACCAGAACAUACACAUACAAUUCACCGAAACAUUCACUCAAAUCACUUUUUUUAUAUUCCUUAAAACAACAAUGCAAAUCCAAGACCAGCAACCUGUACAUGUAAACAUUACAAAUCAUUCAACAGAUUUCACCAAAAGAGUGCCACUCGAUGAAGCCAACGCUCUCGCUCAUCUCGCUGACCAACACUCAACAAUUUGCAAGAUCAUUAUCAAGAUUUUGGAAAAAAGAGAGAGAGGGAGAGUAUUGAAAAUAUAA